AUGCGAAAGAUUAAGAAGAAGCGCGAGGAAAAAGCAGCCGCCGCCGCCGCCGCCGCCGCGAAGGAGGCCGCGAGCGAGGACGACGCCGAGGACGACGACGCCGGCGCGAACGACGACGACGACGACGACGACGACGACGACGAAGCCGCCGCGCGCGAGCGAACGGAACCCGCGGCGACCGCGGACGUCGUCCAGGUGGACGGUAUCCUCAGCGACAAGACGUUCGCGUCGCUCUCGCUCUCGAAGCCCACGAUGGCGGGCAUCGCGACGAUGGGGUACGAGACGAUGACCGAAGUCCAAGCGCGGACGAUCCCGCCUUUACUCGCGGGGAGGGACGUCCUGGGCGCCGCGCGAACGGGCUCGGGGAAGACGCUCGCAUUCCUCGUCCCGAGCGUCGAGCUGCUGUACCACGCGAAAUUCAUGCCGCGAAACGGCGCCGGGGUGAUGAUCCUCACGCCGACGCGAGAGCUCGCGCUGCAGAUUUACAACGUCACGCAGCAGCUCAUGACGAAACACUCGCAGACGCACGGGCUGAUCAUCGGCGGCGCGAACCGCCGCGCGGAGGCGGAGAAGCUCGUCAAGGGCGUCAACUUGCUCGUCGCGACGCCCGGGCGGCUUCUCGAUCACAUGCAAAACACGAAGGGGUUCACGUUUUCGUCGCUGAAGAUCUUCUGCAUGGACGAGGCGGAUCGGAUGCUCGACAUCGGGUUCGAGGAAGAGAUGCGGACGAUCGUGAAGAUGAUCCCGAAGGACCGACAGACGAUGCUCUUCUCCGCGACGCAGACGACCAAGGUGGAGGACCUGGCGCGUCUGUCGUUGAAGUCCCCCACGUACAUCGGCGUCGACGACGCGCGCGCGGUGUCCACGGCGACGGGCGUCGAGCAGGGCUACUGCGUCGUCCCGAGCGAGAAGCGGUUUCUUCUUCUGUUUACGUUCCUGAAGAAGAACCUGAAGAAGAAGGUGAUGGUGUUCUUCUCGUCGUGCAACAGCGUGAAGUACCACGCGGAGCUUUUGAAUUACAUCGACAUCCCGGUGAGCGACAUUCACGGGAAGCAGAAGCAGCAACGGCGGACGACGACGUUUUUCGAGUUUUGCAAAGCCGAGCGCGGCGUGCUCCUGUGCACGGACGUCGCCGCGAGAGGGCUGGACAUCCCGGACGUGGACUGGAUCAUCCAGUUCGACCCCCCGGACGACCCGAAGGAAUACAUUCACAGGGUGGGGCGAACCGCGCGCGGGACGGACGGCCGCGGGCGCGCGUUGUUGUUUCUCAUACCGGAGGAGCUCGCGUUUCUCAAGUACCUCAAAGCCGCGAAAGUCCCGCUCAACGAGUACGAGUUCCCGAACAAAAAAAUCGCCAACGUGCAGUCGCAGCUCGAGAAGCUCGUGGAGAAGAACUACUACCUGCACCAGAGCGCGCGCGACGCGUACAGGGCGUACAUACUCGCGUACAACUCGCACACGCUGAAGGACGUCUACAACGUCCACGAGCUCAACUUGGCGCAGGUGGCGACGUCGUUCGGGUUCCACCGCCCGCCCAAGGUGCAGCUCAACUUGGACAGCAAGGCGGCGAACGGGAGGAAGCGGAUCGGCGGCGGCGACGGGAGCCGCGGGCGCGGGACGGGAGGCGGCGGGAGCGAUUACCGGCGCCAAAAGGGCACCGGGCACGGGUUUAGCGCGGAGAAUCCGUACGGGAAGAAAAAGGACGGCGACACGCGGCAGUUCGUUCGAGGAUAG